CAGGCGCAUGCGCAGACCGCUCCGUGUCUCCGCGUUUCCGUGUUGUUUCGUAUGUCGGAUCAGUGAGGCGGAUCAUCGCAGUGGAAAACAACCAAAGAAGAAGAGGAAGAGGAGGUGAUGAAGAACAAAGUCAGCAGCACUCAAGUAAGUGUGAAGAGGCGGUCCUGGUCCUGGCAGCAGUACCUAAAUGAGCAAAAGGCUGAAGCAGCUCCGCCCACCCUCUUCAUACAGGCCCAGUCCUUUCCCAGCAAGAGAGCCAGUUUUAAAGUGGGAAUGAAGCUUGAAGGUAUUGAUCCGCUACAUCCUUCGAUGUUUUGUGUGCUGACGGUUGCCGAGGUGAUUGGCUGUCGGCUGCGUCUCCAUAUCGAUGGUUACUCAGAAUGCUAUGACUUCUGGGUAAAUGCUGACUCAGCAGACAUCAAGUCAGUAGGCUGGUGUAAAGAGCACAAGCACAAGCUCCACCCUCCUAAAGGUCAGACUGAAGCAGAGUUUGACUGGCAGAGCUACCUUCAGUCCUCAGGCUCUCAUGCUGCUCCGCUCACUCUGUUCACCUGUCGCUCUGCAUCUGUCUCAGAGUUCCAGGUGGGGAUGAAGUUGGAGGCAGUGGACAAGAAGAACCCCGGUCUGGUCUGUGUCGCCUCCGUUACUGAUGUCAUCAAUGACCGCUUCCUGGUUCACUUUGACAACUGGGACGAUACAUAUGAUUACUGGUGUGACAGCAGCAGCCCAUACAUCCAUCCUGUCGGCUGGUGUGAAGAGCAGGGACGUCCUCUGACUGCCCCACAGGGUCAUCCCAAUCCUGAGAACUUUCUCUGGGAGGAGUACCUGCAGCAAACUGGUUCUACAGCUGCUCCCAGUUCAGCAUUCACACUGAGAGCUCCACAUGGUUUCCAGGUUAACCACAAAGUUGAGGCAGUUGACAAAAGGAACCCCAUGUUGAUCCGAGUUGCCACGGUAGUGGACACUGAAGACUACAGGGUGAAGAUCCACUAUGAUGGCUGGUCCUCUCAGUUUGACGUGUGGUGUGACAGUGACCACUGUGACCUGCAUCCUGUUGGCUGGUGUCAACGCACAGGACACCCUCUGGAACCACCCCCAGGUUCCUCCCCCCUGUCCUCCCCUUCUCAGGGAGUGUGUCCCACUGCAGGCUGCAGAGGAGUGGGACACAUCAAAGGAGCCAAAUACACUGGACACCACAGUGCCUUCGGCUGUCCUUAUUCAGACAUUAACAUGCGAAAGGAGGUGGUUUUUCCCGAUAGGCUGGGAGGAGAGAGAUCCAUCACCCUCAUACCUGUCACAAUACAUCACCAAAGCAACAGGAGAGAACUUGAAGUGAAGGCGGAGGACAAGGACGAGCAGCUGCUGCUUCCUCUUGGCAAAAGAAGACGACUGGUGGAUCGACUGCAGCAGCCAACCGAAUUUCUCCAAGUGAAACAGGAAGAGGAGCAGCUUAACCUCAGAGCCAUCAGUCCAGAGUCCAGUCUGCAGGCCGCCCUCCACCAGUCCGUCUUCCUGUCGGCCAUGUCGGCGCAGCCGGGACGCGACCUGUCCCUCUGUUGGGAACAACAUCGUAAACUGCUGCCGGGAGUAGUUGGAGUUCAUGCAGAGACUGUCCAACACUGGAGUGUCCAACAGGUGUCCAACUUCAUCGAGUCUCUUCCUGGCUGCGAGGAACAGGCCAAACAAUUCAGGGAUGAGCAAAUAGAUGGACGGGCCUUGCUGCUGCUCACCCAGCGGGAUAUCGUCAGGAUCAUGUCAAUCAAACUUGGACCUGCCCUCAAAAUAUACAACUCCAUCCUGAUGUUCAAACACGCCGACAGCAAGAGCCAAUCACAGCCUGGGGAUAAGAGCCAAUCACAUGCUGAGGACAGCAGUCAAUCACACACUGAAGAUGAGACCCAGUCACACUUCCAAGAUCCAAACACCUGACACCUGCUGUUGCCUGAAUUUACCCCUGGUUAAGCCCCUCCCUCUUGUCCCGUUUUAUUCAGUAAGAGAUCAGAUUUGAAGUUGUGAUGUCACAAUGACCUCAGGUGUGUCUGUAACGCGUCCUGCUGCUGUCAUCAUUCUGUCACUUAAACACCUGAGCUCCUUUCAGGCUCCACCUCUCUAUAGGGGGCGGGGCUUAUCCUGGACAAGUGCAAAGGAUUCUGGGAUGUUGACGUUUAAUAAUACACCUGCUGAGACUGAAGCCAGCUGGAUGGGGGUGGAGCCUGAGGACUGAACAUGAAUAUUUGUUUCCACGGUGACCAGAUUAUGAAAACAACUUCAGCAGAAACAUGGCCGCUGCGUCCUUAUUGGCUGGGGUGUUAAAAUAAUUCUGUCUGCCUCACUAAAGCUGGUCAGUCAGAGUUGACGACACCAUCAGCAUCAUCGUGCAGAAGUCUGUUUCUGUUGUACAUCAACAGGAUUACGGAAAGAAGAGCAGGAAUUUUUCACUUGGAACUCUUAAAACUACAGCUCUUUUAUUUCCAGGGUGUGUUUUUGCACAUAAUUUCAUAAACAACAGAACUGAAAUUCGAGAAAAGUCCUGAAACCUUCACCAGUCAGUUUGAUGUCUGAACCUUUGAGCUGUUGACAAGAUCAGAAAUCAUUUUUAUUCUCACAACAUAAAAUAACCGUAAAAUAAGCAUGUGUCACAUGAUCAUGUUUGCAUAAUUGUGAUGGAAAGCAGUUUGUCACAAAAACCAGCUCCAGGUAGAAAUGUAGUGGAAACAGUUUCCAAUGAUUCAAGUAUUUAUUAACUUUGAAAUCAACAUAAAAUAAAUCAAAUAAACUAUCAUUUAUGAGAAAACAUACAGACAAACAGCCGUCAGACUUCUGAUGAAAUGUUAAAGAAGAGACCUUAAUGAGAUGUGAAUUGAAUGUUAAUGUUACUUUGACCAUAAUGGUAUGUAAAUGAGACCUUGAGUGUUAUUGAGAAGUUAAUGAGUCAACUCUUUUCUCAUGAAUGUUCCAGUCUAGCGUUUAUGUUGCGGCUUAACAAUCAGCAGAUUAUGACGUCACAUUGUAGCCCCGCCCAUUUACCGAUGACUGUUCCUCUCAGGAUUCAACUGUUCAGUCGUUAGGAGAGACUUUAUCCUGCCUGCCCUGCUGUGGGUGGGUGACAUCCCAUGUAUUUUUAAUCCAGAGUUUCUAGUUUUCCUGUGUCACUCCAGAGUAUCUAUUGUUGUCUACUUUGUCUCUCUAGACUUAUUUAAUCUUUAUAUUUAAAUAGAAAUUUAUAAUCUGUCCUGCUGGGAUUCAAACCAAAAAGCUAACAGGAAGUUAGUGUCUCUCUGACUCCUCCCCCUCUGUGAUGGGGUGGGAGGGGUUGCUAUGCUGCAUAUGCUUAGUUUUUAAUCUUGUUUGUAUUUGGCAGGCUUUUCCUCAGGUUUCCAUAGUAACGGCUGUGGUGUUUCCAACAGUCAGCUGAUAUUUAUAUUUACUUCCUGUCUACUGUUUCUGUCAGUGUUUGAUGACAUCAAUAAAAACUGAUCUGAUCUGUG